AUGAUCGCACAAGUGUUCUUGGUUUGCCUCUCGGCAGCGGCCUCUUCGGCUGGCGUCGUAGGAGGCUAUGGAGGUCUCGGCUUGUUCGGGGGCCUCGGAGGUCACGGCUUUGGUUACGGAGCGGCUUUGGCAGCUCCACUAGCUCCGCAAGCCACCAAGUUCGGCUACCUGACCACCGACGGACACGGCAACACGCAGGCGCGCAGUGAGGUGUCGGACGCGCACAACCGUCGCGUCGGCUCCUAUAGCUACCGGGACGCGUACGGCCUCACGCGCAAGGUCAACUACGUAGCCGACGCGAACGGAUUCCGCGCCGUCGUCAGCACCAACGAGCCCGGCACUGCGGCGUCGAAGCCAGCCGCCGCCGCCUACAACACACCAGCCAAGGGGCCAGUCGUGGUCGCUACGCCGGCGGUGCCUGCGGUGCCCGCGGUCGCCAAGGUAGCCACUGUUGCGGCUGCUCCCGUCGUCGCCUACGGAGGCCUCGGCCAUUUGGGCGGCUUCGGCCAUCUCGGCGGAUAUGGACUCGGCCACUUCGGUGGCUACGGUCACGUCGGCGGCUACGGUCACCUUGGCGGCUACGGUCACCUUGGCGGCUACGGUCACCUUGGCGGCUACGGUCAUUUCGGCUAUGGGUAUCAUUAGAACGGCUGACCCAAUGUGACCCUCUGGACGGUGUCGAAUUCGUCCACGGUGUCGAACCCCGCCUUGUUGUCUCCUUCGAUAAAGUUGCAUAGGGUGUGACCCUAGUAGGAGCUUUCGCAAAAGACAAGAUGGCGGAAUUCGACAUCAUGGCGGCACUCAACAGCGUCCAGUUUAGAACCCUCGUACACACGAAACCGGCACUAUCCGUGCCUAUGAGACAUCUGCGACACAAUACGUUAUCUACGCUGCAAUCGAACACUUCAAAAAAGUGAUAAGAGCGCCUUAGGGACUGCAUGUUGACGUUUCAAUAGAUGGUGCUUUUCGCAAAAACCGGUUUGCAUUUGUUGCCAAAGGUGGCGAAUGCUGGAAGUUCUUCAGUGAUUCUCGGUGCUGAAUUCAACGCAGUCAACGCUGGUGACUCCUGAAAUCAAUAGCAGUAGCUUCUUGUCAAAGCACUGUCUUAUAAUUCAGACGCCCCUUGGCCGACGGCACCGCAAUACUCCCUGGACAUCAUGAGAAACAAUUCAAGAACGCUGAAUCACAUGCCCGUGGUUCAUUCCAUUCUUCGGCAUAACCAUAAACUGCAGAAUCUAAAAGUAUACGGCAUCGAUGCACAAUGUUUAACAUCUUACUCAGCGCAUGUGAGAUCAAUUUACAUGACCACAAAUCGGCGUAUUAAGUGGGACAUCUUUUAAAACAGAUUUUGCUUCUUUCGGCUCUGUUUAUUGGAAUGCAAAGUUUUCAGACACAAUUGUCUGUGGUUCUCAUGUGACAUAUGCAGUUUCUUUAAUGUUUCAGUGUGCAUUUUCGGACGUGUAUAUGGACAAUUCGUCUUACUCCUCGGAUCCCACAAUAGCAAACAUAUGGAAAUAAAUGACAAACCAU